AUGCCGGACGGCACACAUACGUAUUCCGCGGGCGACGAGAUCAUAUCGAAGAAGUCUCUGAUAGCUGUAAAAGAGAGUAUAAAUUUCCUGAAACAACAUUCACGGGAGGAAGGACUUUUUCGGAGAGUGGGCCGCCGUGACGUAAGACGUCGGAUCCUGUCGGCGAUGACCAGAGGGGAAAAACCGCAGCUAGGAGAUAUAAACGGAGCAGCACUCGAGUGUGCCGCGGCUCUGCAACUAUUUCUGAGUCGUUUGAAAGUGCCCGUUAUGCCACGUAACGUGCAGCAAUUGAUCCUUGCCGAAAAUCCCGGUGUAUCGCCACGGACAGUUGCUCGGGAUGCAUUGGGAUUAAUUCGACAGGACGUCAACGGACGUCACGGAGAACUUUUGUGCGAUCUGCUCGGAUUGCUGCGACAUUUGACUUUGGCCGCACCGCCCUCGGAAUGUUCGGAAUUGCGAGGAUCGCCGCUUCCAGUCGCUUUGUUGCCGGUUUUCUUCGCGCUCACCCCAGCCGAUCUUGUCAAGUGGCGUCAAGUGGCGGCACGAUUUAGUGAAUUAAUAAACGAGGCCCCGGCUCGUCUUCGGCUCAAUUACAACGAAACCUUCCACCCAGCGAGAGAUUCGUCCGUAGACCCGACUGAGGUGGAGGGAAGUCGCAUGCGCGGUGAAGUCGAUCGGUUAUCGGGAAAUCGGGAUCUAUCGCUUUGCUAUCCCGUCACAGGACUCGCCGGCGAGCGCAAUGUUUGUUCCUCAGUGACAAUUCGUAAGGAGCACGACCCUGGACAACGAGGCGCGAUGCGAAGGGUGCAGGAGCCAGCCUUUAGUUCAUAA